AUGAGCCAACAAAAGGCUGUUGUCAUUCUAUUAUUGAAUGUAUUUUUAACAUCAUAUGUCUGUGCCCAAUAUGGUAGUCCUGCUGGCAAUAGCAAUCCUGAAUACGGUGGUACAGGUACCAGUGUACCAUCAGGAAGUUAUGAACACAAAGGACAAAAUCCCGUCGGGGGACCUAGUGUAUUAGAUGGAAAUUCGGAAGCCGAGCCGUUCAACUUUGCUUACCAAGUAGAAGAUGCACCCACCAAUACAGACUUCAAGCACGAAGCCAACAGUGACGGCAAACGAGUGACCGGAGCAUACAGCGUACUUCUUCCUGACGGUCGUAAUCAAGUAGUGACAUAUGUUGCCGACGAAAAUGGUUACAACGCCAAGGUCAACUAUGAACGAGUAGCAAAACCACAACCAUCUCAACCAGGCAGCCAAGGAGGAUAUCCGUCCGCACCAGGUUUCCCUUCUGCUGCUCCUAGUUAUCCUUCCGCUGCCCCUGGUUAUCCUUCCGCGGCCGCCCCUGUAUAUUCUUCUGCAGCUGAUCUUGGUUAUCCUUCCUCAGCACCUGGUUUCCCUUCUUCAGCUCUAGGCGGUUACCCAUCGUCUGCCUCAAGCUAUCCUUCAUCGGUACCGGGUUUCCCAUCGUCUGCCCUGAGUUACCCGACCGGCGUUAAAGGAUCUUUAACCGAUGAAAAUGGUUACAACGCCAAAGACAACUAUGAAGGGGAAUCUAAACCACAACCAUCUCAGCCAGACAGCCAAAGAGGUUAUCUGUCUGGGCUGGGUUUCCCUUCAACUGCUUCUAAAUAUCCUUCUCCCACUAUAGCUAGUUUUGUUCAUCGUCCCGUUGGUUAUCCUGUUGAUAUUUCUACUCCUGCCCCAUUGUCUGCCCCUGGCUAUCUCGUCCGGGUACCGCCUAGAUUAAAGGGUGAUACGGGAUCUUCUCGACCAAAGUUCGAGGAAGUUACUGAUUACCCGAUUCUUGGUUAA